CGGGGCGCCCGGUGUACCUCGGAGCCUCCGGCCAGCCCCGGCCUUCAGUCUGCCUCCGACCACCGCGGUGCCCGCACGCCCGCGCUCGCAACGCUCACCGCACCGCGUGAUCAAUGCACUUCUAUAUUUAAAACAAAACCGUGUUGACGUUAAUGUGGAUUAAAGUGACUGUGUAACAUUGAUGCCAGAGCUCCGGUGUCUGAGAGGUGUUUGCGACGCAGUCGGUUUUGCCCCCCCUGUAACGGGAACGUUUGGGGUUCAUACUGAAUUUUCAGCGCUAGUAAAGCCAAAUUAAAUGAAGACAUGUCGCUGAGAACAACUGAAAUUGUGGCAUCUCACUUGCAAACCCACUGAACUGCCAUGACCUCAGAAGAACCACUCAAUGGCGCCCAAAACACGGAAGAAUCGAAAAAAUCAGAUGACUGCGCAAAAUUCGGAGACCCCACCCCCAAAAACAACAUCAAAACAGACGCAGAGGAUGAAAAGAAAAGAAAAUCUCACGAUCUAAUGAGACUCGUCUACGAACUACCUGAAGAAGAAGUGAAGCCACCAACCAACAACAACAUGUUGAAAGAAAACCCACCGCUAACAAUAGUAGAGAUAACGGAACAAAAUGGUUGUGAAACAGAACUGGAUAGAGUACGGGAAGAGUGUGACGUUUACUUUAAAGUCAUCGACGAUUCCGCGGGAGACGGCCUCGGCAAUAUGGUUGUAUACGACCCCUUAGCUAAUAAUGACAUAAUACUAGAGGAAUACAAAGAAGUGAUAGACCGGCCGUCACCGGACGAAUGCUCUGAUGACGACCUCAAUGAAAUCAAAAGGAUAUUGGAAAGCAAACCUAAAGUACUCGAGAGAUACUUGAGAGAAUGCGCGACAGUCGAGGAAGUGAAUAGAGUUCAUAGUGUAACGUCUACUGGGCCGCUGUCACCGAGGCCGAAUUACGAAGCGAGAAGUACUUCUGUGACGUCAGACCUGUUUCAACUAUGGCUCGCCUCCUCUCCCGUUAAGAGGUCGCGGUCGCCGAGCGCGUCGGCGCAGCGGCAGUUGGACGAGGCCGACCUGUUCAUGGACCUCAUCAAGGACGUGGCCAAUGAACUGGACAUCGACGUGUUGUGCCACAAGAUCCUAGUGAACGUGUGCCUGCUGACGUCGGCGGACCGCGGCAGUCUGUUCCUGGCCAAGGGGACGCCCCCGCAGCGCGUGCUGCAGGCCAAGCUGUUUGACGUCACGAGGGACACCGACCUGCACGAUGCGCUCCGCACGGCGCGCUCGCAGGAGAUCCGAAUUCCCUUCGGCGUCGGCGUGGCGGGGCUGGCGGCGCAGACCAAAUGCCCGAUUAACAUCAAGAACGCUUAUGCUGAUCCUAGGUUCAACAGCGAGAUCGACGCUCGCACCGGCUACAAGACGGAGCUGAUCCUGUGCAUGCCCAUCUGCAACUACGAGGGGGGCGUGGUCGGCGUCGCGCAGAUCAUCAACAAGACUGACGGCUCAAAAGAAUUCUCGCCGCGAGAUGUGGAAGUCUUCAGACGGUACCUGACAUUCUGCGGCAUCGGCAUCCAAAACGCCCAGCUCUUCGAGUCAUCAGUCCUGGAAUACAAACGCAACCAGAUCCUAUUGGCUUUAGCCAGAAGUAUCUUUGAGGAGCAGAGCAACUUGGAGUGUUUGGUGACGAAGAUCAUGACUGAAGCAAGGGAGUUGUUGAAGUGUGAAAGAUGUGCGGUGUUCAUUUUGGAUACUGACCAUUGUGAGUCGAGCCACUUGGAGCGUAUAGUCCAGCGGCCGGGCUGCCAGCAGUCGACCACCCCCGCGCUGCCGCCCCCCGCCCCCACUCGCUUCCACACGCUCUUCGAGUUGGGAGCGCAGCAGACGCGGCGCACGCUCAGCCCUAAACAUGAUAAUAAGUCUACGCUCGCUUGCAUCGCUUUGGCUGUGGCGCAAACGAACAAAGCGCUGAACAUAUCAGACGUGGACUGUUGGCGGAAGGAGAACAUGGUGGUGACCGACCAGGCCAGUGACGACGCCAUCGACAUACGCACCAUGCUGUGUAUGCCUAUUGUUAAUGCGAAUAAGGACGUGAUAGGUGUGGCGCAGCUGAUUAAUAAGGAGAACGGGUCUCAGUUCACGGAGAGCGACAUCUCGAUAUUCGAGGCGUUCGCGAUAUUCUGCGGGCUCGGCAUCCACAACACGCAGAUGUAUGAGAACGCGUGCAAGCUGAUGGCCAAGCAGAAGGUCGCUCUCGAAUGCCUGUCGUACCACGCCACGGCGGCUACAGAAGACACAGUCAAACUGUGUCAGGACUUCAUCCCGUCGUCUGAAACCUACAACCUUUACAGUUUUCAGUUUCACGACUUCGACCUCACGGAUGAAGAUACAUGCAGAGCGACACUCCGAAUGUUUUUACAGUGCAAUCUGGUUGAAAAGUUCCAUAUACCUUACGACGUUCUCUGUAGAUGGACAUUAAGCGUUAAGAAAAACUAUCGUCCAGUAAAAUACCACAACUGGAGACACGCUCUAAACGUUGCCCAAACAAUGUUUGCUAUGCUGAAGACGGGAAAAAUGGAAAGGUUCAUGUCAGACCUAGAAAUUCUAGGGCUUCUAGUGGCCUGCCUUUGUCACGAUCUUGACCAUAGAGGGACGAAUAAUGCCUUCCAGACGAAAACUGAGAGUCCUCUAGCAAUACUUUAUUCAACAUCUACGAUGGAGCAUCACCAUUUCGAUCAGUGUGUUAUGAUUUUGAACAGCGAAAGCAAUAAUAUUUUUCAGGCCUUAUCACCGUGCGAUUACAAAGACGUGAUGCGAGUCGUUGAGACGGCCAUUUUAUCAACGGAUCUCGCGAUGUAUUUCAAGAAGAAAUCGAAAUUUCUAGAUCUAGUCGACAACGGAGAAUUUGACUGGCAGAGCCCUGAGAAGAAAGAACUACUAUGCGGUAUGAUGAUGACAGCCUGUGACGUGUCAGCUAUAGCCAAGCCGUGGGAGGUCCAACACAAAGUGGCCAAGUUGGUGGCCGAUGAGUUCUUUGACCAGGGUGAUCUGGAGAAGCUACAGCUCAAUCAACAGCCUAUAGCUAUGAUGGACAGAGAAAAAAAAGACGAGCUGCCGCAAAUGCAAGUAGGCUUUAUCGACAUGAUAUGCCUACCGUUGUACAAGGUCUUAUCUGAAACUUUCCCGUGGAUUCAGCCAUUGUACUUGGGCACCCUAGAGAACCGACAAAGAUGGCAGGAUCUAGCUGAAAAAGUUGAAAUGGGUCUGACUUGGAUUGAUCAUGACACUAUUGAUAAGCCUAUUGAGGAAUUUACUGCACUAAACGAGCCAAUAAAAGAUGUCGAGUUUACAGUGACAACGUUGAACUGUACGAAAGCAGCGACCGAAAAUAACAGCUUAGUUUUAGCAAAACCAUUCAAAACUUCUUUCUCGUCUUUCAAAAUAAAGAAGACGCCAAACCCUAUGUCUAGGCCACCAAGAAGAUCACUCUAUGCAGCAUCCAGCUCACACAGGCCUGAUAAAGAAGGAUCCAUAAUGAAGAAGGCACUGUCAGUGAAAAACGACACUCGGAAUAAUCACACGACAACCCAGGUGCUACCUGAAGAGCCAGAAGUGGUAUCACCGACUGCACAUGACAACAAGAUUGCGCACAAACACAAAGGAAGACUUUGCCACAUGUUGUGACGUUUAAGUUUUGGCUGGGGAAGCCAAAGCAGUUCAGACCGAGAAAAAGACAAAACGGACAGAGUCAAACCGUCCAAAUCAAUCGACUAACUAUUUUAACUCCAUGUUGUGAACUAGACUAUCGUCUAUAUAAAGUAGCUACACUUUUACGGUAAUGAUAACUUCCGCUACUUCAUUAGAUAUUAUAUGAAACUUUCAGUUUAUAUUAAAAGUGAAAUAAUUGUUGUGUAAUAUUUCAAAUCCAAUACUACGGAAUUAUGAGAUUCAGUGAAGGUUAGUAACUUGAUGAUAAGCAAAGCUAAUAUCUGAAGUCGUAAAAUAGAUGGAAUAUUUUUUAGUAUGUGUUUUAUUAGUGGUAAUGACUUUUAAAAAAUAGAUUGGUCAGAAGACAUUUUACUAAACUAAUAAAAUAGUAUGUAGUUGUGUUUUAUCUUUACCUCAUUUUGACGGUGAAAUGUUUCCUGUGACAUUAGGUAAAUGUUCAUCUAAAUAUUGAUGUAUUAUUUACAUAGACUGUGAUCUAGUAUUGUACUUUACGAAUACUAUUUUAAAAAUUAUUACUAUUACAGAAUGUAGGUAACUAGCUUCUACAAUUUUUCUACUUGAUCAAUUUUCAAUUGUUCUAAAAUUAUUAAAUAGACGUUGGCCUGUGAAAAGUUGAAAUAAGGUGUUAAGAUAAAAUCGUGUUUAGUGUCUAGAGACAUUAAUUUUAUUUCAUGAGUAUUUUAAAAUUGUGAUUUAUUUUACAGUAAAUUAUAUUUGUUGACAUUACCAUAAAUUAAUGUGAAAGUAUUACGAUGCUAGUCGAAGUUGUAGAUUAUUAUUUAAUACUUGUUAAAAAAUGCUAUUUAUUAUCCAACAUUGAAAUAUUAAGAGCACUGUGUGUAAAACUAGGAACAUAAAUAGUGUAUCUACAUGAUUAUAUUGGUUUGGUUCAUCACAACAAAAUAUAGGUAUAAUAAUAUUAUUAUAAAUAAAGGUACUGUUUUAGAUUCACAUUUCGUCCAUAUUUCUUAUGACGGAUGCCUUAAUUGUGCAAUAUGAAAUUAAUAAACUAUUUGUGUUGAAUCAUUAAUUUCUUCAAUUGAAUGCAUUUAAAAUGCAAAUUAAUCUAGUUCGUUAUCUUUUUACCAAGAAUACCUAUGUUAUUAUAUCAGAUGUUUUUUUUUAUAUAAAAUCAUCAGGUUUUAUUUUGAUAUAUUUUUAAGUUUACAAGUAUCUAGUUGGAUAAGUAUUUAUUUUUGACGCAAUCAAAGUUACCUGUUUUAUUUAUAAUUUAACUUAUCGUUCUGUGACAAAAAAAUACUUCAUUAGUGUCAAUUUCAUUGUUGUUGCUAACAACUUGUAAGAUGUCCCUGAGUCAACCCCUGUCGGCUUAGUAUACGACUUUUGCAACAUCCUGUAUAAUUUACAAACAAGGUGUGUUUUGAAAAAUGUAGCCAUUGAUGAUUUCUUCAGCUUUGGACAAAAAUCCCAAAAUGUUUGCAUUCACAACUUAAAUUGAACUACAUCUGAACUACCGAUAGUAUAUUUAUUUAUUGAAUUUUUUUUCUUGGUCAAGUUUCACUACCGAUAACGGUAUUGUUUAAAUAUUUGUUGAUUAUUUAUGUUUUAAAUUAAUUUAUUGAAACGCGUAGGCUAAAACCAAAUGUGAAAUUAUCCUUAAAUCAUUCUAAAAGUGACAUUGUUAUUUUCAAAAUGUGUAUAAAAUAUUAAAUGUGUUUCGACAAAUAAAGAUAUUGUGAUCCAA